GCAAUGAAAUAUAUGAAAAAUCUAAUAAAAACUUUAGAAUAACCUUGGAUCGAUAUCAUUCGAUUAUCCAAAAAAAAAGGAAUAUUGCCAGAUUUUAAAAUGAUAUAAAAUCCAUCUGAGGCUGGUCAUAAAUUCCUAAAAAUAUCGUCGCCAUAUUGGUAUUGUCAAAACCUUCGGGCUAAAUCAGUGUUGAGAAAAAAUGGUUUUUCACUCAUUUACCACUGAAUCUUCACUGUUUGUGUGAUCUAUAUUAACAGUGUGUGACUUUAGAUGUUUCGUUUUUCGGAGCAGUUGCGGUGUUUGGUUUGCAAAUGAUGUUUUCCGCUGAGAAAUGUGCGGAGCCGAGCACGGGUACUUCAGAGGGAGCCGAGCUUCUCGCCGGUGUCACCGAAGGCCCGGGGAAGGAAGGAGUGCCCCCUGACGAAGUGGCCUCCGCAGUGGCUUCGGUGUCCCAAGAGAUCGGUGAUAUCCUGAAGGAUGAGCUGGGUGACGCUGAUAGGGCUGAUCGUAUCGGCGCAGAGCUCGAGAACCUGAGUGCUGAGCUCGGUAUGCUCGCGGGGCUGGCAGACCACGAGCCUCAACAGGAUUUCCCGUCGCUCUUCGAGAUCGCGAUGGGGAACCACAGCCACAGCCACCGAGUAUCCGGCAGCGGAACCUCCUCAUCGUCCUCGUGGUCGGGCAGCGCGCGGCGCCCGGCGCGCCCGCAGCGGACCAAGCGGCGCCCCAUCGCCAAGGGCAAGGAGAUAUCCCGCCGUCGCAGCGCGGCUGCGCGGCGAGCCGCCUCGCUGCGCGUGCGUCGUGUCGAGGUCGUGUCGGACGCGUCGGACGUCGGCGCCGAGUCGGACGACUCGGAGGGGCAGUGGACCGAGCUCGAGGAUGCCUGUGAGUACAGUACAGUGCCCGCGCCGUGUCGGGGUCGUGUCGAGGUCGUGUCGGACGCGUCGGACGUCGGCGCCGAGUCGGACGACUCGGAGGGGCAGUGGACCGAGCUCGAGGAUGCCUGUUCAUCAGAGUGUUCGUCGUCGAAGCGGGUUGCCGAAGAGUGCAACGGCUACCAGGAACAGGCGGAACCGGAGCCACCAGCCAUGGGGCAGUUCCUGCUGCCGCUGCUGAGCGCCGAGCCGGCGCCGGAGCCCGAGCGGGCGCUCCUCAUCCGCCACGAGGACAUACUGCAGGCGGUCAGGCUGGCACCAUUGCAUCUCCUGACAUCAAACGACGAUAUCGUGCCGAACGACGUGCCUCUAGAGGAGGAGGCGCCGAUCGAGCAGACUGACUCGCUCUCCGAAGAGUAUGAGUAUGAGGAGCCUCCAGUGACGCCCGAGGAAGAGGCCGCAUUGCUACAUUACGUCUGCGAAGCGGAGCGGCUAGCAUGUUCCCAAGAGCCGGAGCAGUUCACCGCCGUGGAGGAGUGGCUGCUCGGCGUCUACCACGCGUGGUGCGAGAUCAGCGCGCUCAUGUACACGCUCAUAGGGGCCAACAUGAGUGUGGAGAUGGUUCGCGAGGACUGGGUGUACCGCGCGCGCUUCGGCUGCCACUGCCGCCUGUGCCUGUGCCUCGCCAACAACGCGGAGGCGCUGGCCAGGGUGCUCCGCCCCCUGCUCACGGCGCUCGCGAGAGGGAGCGAGACGAUACCAACGGCGGUGGCGCUCAUGCGUGCUCUGUCGCUCUCGUCGGCAGCGGAGCCGUGUCGCUACGCGGCGUGGCAGCUGUCGCGGCUCAAGCGGCACGCCGUGCACGAGACAGGUCUUGCCAUAAUACACGAGCACCUGCUACGGCUGGAGACGGAGAGCGAGCUGACGCGCGACAUCGUCAACCAAGUGUGCCUGUGUCGACCCGUCGAGGAACCGCUGCAGAAAGAAAACGCUAUGGAGAGGUUGUUCAAGAUCUUGGAGAACUUUAAGGCUGCUUCCACAAUAACAUUUAAGGUGGACAUAGUGCCGCCCCUGGAAUCGGGCACGGGCUGCGCGUGGGCGGGCGUGUGGCGCGCGCGCCUGGCGCGGUACCUGGCGCCUUUCCAGCGCUGCUCCACCGCGGCUCGCCUGCGCGACAUGAUGUCGCGGCCCGCCACCCGCGACCUGAGCGCGUGGUCGGGGUACCAGCACCGCUGCGACUGCCUGACGCCGCGGACCGUGUGUGCGCAACAGCGGAAACUGCUCUUGAGGAUCUCGUUCUUCGGCAUGAUGCAGGCGGUGAACGAGUUCAACAGCAGCAAGGAGCACGCGGCGCCCAUCGAGCCCGCGGGACAGGGGCUGCAGCAGGGGGACGGGACAGGGGCUAAGCCUCCAGACACGGAGGGGCAACCGGCGACGGAAGGCGAGGGAGCGAGAGAGCAGGAAGAGCAGGACAGCGACAAGUCCACCGGCGAGUUGGACGACCUAUCGGAGUCGGACGGCGGUUCGGGUUCCCUCGGCCUCUCCAGUUCGUCGUUGGACUCGGCCUCGGAGCUGCUGCUGGCGGCCGCCGCGGCCGUGGAGUCCGGCUCGGAGGACGUGGCGCCCGGCUCGCUGUGCCGCACCGUGCGCCAUCUCAUGCGCUCCAUCGCGUCUAUAGAGAGGUUGAUGGACAGGGUGCUCCAGCAUUGCGACGAGUGGCCGGCCGCGCAGCACUGCCGCCGCGGCGACGAACCGCCCGACGACCGCACUGCCAGGAAAAAAGUGGACAUGGGCUUAUCGGAGGUGGACCGGAAGUUGAUGGCGAUGUACCGACGGCUACCGGAAGUGCAUCGUCGGCAGCUGCAGGUCUACCGGAAGCAGAAGAAACUGUCCACGGUGUGCAUGCAGCUGGUGGGCGGGCGCGCCCCCGCCCCGCCGCCCCCCGGCUCGCCGCCCCCCGCGCCGCAGCAGCAGGCCUGCCGCGCGCUCUGCCCCGAGUACCAUCUGCAGCGGUUCAAGGAGGUUAGACGCAAAGUGAUGCACAUGAGGGACCAGCAGCUCUACUACCACAGGCUUAGAAUGUGGCUGGAAGAGCAGCUGCGGAACGAGCGCGAGAGGGAACGGGACAGUAUGCCGGAAAGCAACGUGACCCUGGUAGACGAUAUACCCCGGCGUAAACGUCGCAGCAGCAGCCCCAAACAACGUUUAGGCGCCGCGCCCAAACGGAAACUAGCUCCCCCCUCCCGCCCGCACCGCAUCCUGCAAAUGCUCAAACACAAGGCGCCCGCGCAACUACUCAAGCUCAAAGACGACGACAAACCUGAAGUCGAACCGCCAGAGGCCUUCCCUCUAGACAAGGAGGACAACGUAAGCGACACGGAGACGAUAGUCGGCGAGAAGGAGACGGAGCUAUGCAAAGAAAUGAAAGAGUGCCUCGUGAAGUUCGCCAGCUUCGCUCUGAACAGCCUCGACAAGGGUUUGCAGGACCAUGAGCAGGAGUCGGUCAGCCCGCCGUUACAGGAAAUGUCUCCAACAACCUCCGAGCCGAUGCCCGUGUACACUCCUAAACCGAGCCAGAGGUUACUCCAGGUCAACAAGUUCCUCCCCCGCGACGACCUCGACUUCCAACCGCAGAUCGCACCAGAAGUGCUAAACGUGCCCCUAAACGUGCCCCUGAACGCAAGGCGGACCCCAGUCUUAGUCGAAGAGGAAGACAAAUGCAUCAAAGUCGACGAAAAAGACCCCAACGUCUACAAAUAUGUUACCUUCGGUCUAGAAAUCAAGAAAGCUAUGGAAGAAUGCCAGAAUAUCAUCAAUUCUUACAACAGUAUUAAUAAAGAAGAGGGGAAGGACGAGCAAGAUGGACCGCUCUCUUUAGAACAAAUAUGCGAAGUCAUGAUGAGUUUGGAUAAGAAUUCAGCGGAGUUCCUAGAGAAAAUGGACUCGGAUGAACCUUUUAACACAGCUAAUACGAAAAUAGUGGAACUAGUGGAAAACAUGCCGCAGAUACUAGCCAACAUGCCCGAGAUAGCGUCCAAACUUUCAGAAUUCGCCAACGCCUCUUUCGAACUCCCCGAAUUCGCUUCGAUCAUGAACAGCCUCCCUGAAGUUAACAAUGAAGCCCAACUGACCCCCGAAACCUUAAGACAGAUAAGAGAACUAAAGUUAAAUAAGAAUAAGGAUAGCGUUAAGGUAACUAAAAACACUGCCAAGCGUAAAACGCGGAAAAUUAAGAGUAAUGUAGAGCAUGACGAUAUCAUAGGCACCAUGACUCUAGAAUUCGACAGCCAGGACAUAACGGAGCUCCUAAAAGACGAGAAAGACUUACAAGCUAUAAUGAAAAACAAGAAUAAUAAGGAGGAUUUGAAAAUCUCCGAUCUCCUCUUCUCUAUAUCAGCUCAAGUAGUUAUUAACAAAGUGUUUGAAUAUUUAAAACAAAACAAGAGUCCUGAGCUAGCCAAGUGUCUCGAAGACGAUAUAAAUAAGGACAUAUUUAAUACGCAAAAGAAUAGCAUCAAUUCUGAAAUGUAUUCGAAAGCUUCAACGUUGUUUGACAAUUUUGUAAAAGACGCUCUGAGCAUGGACCAGUUACGGGAGCUGGUUAAGGAUAGGUUUAACUCUAUGAAGCAUUACGUGGCCACGAAAUUCAAAGGUAUACCUGUAGAAUUACUAGAAAAUGAGAUCGAAGCCAUGCUCGAGAAGUUUUAUACUUAUAUACAAGAUUUAGCUGGUAAACAGAACGCCAGCGAUAGUGAUAAGAUUAUAGAAAAGAUAGAGGAGCUAAAUAAAAACUCACAGUCCGAAAGCGAUAGCGAAAGCUGCCCGGCCUCUAAGGAAUCUUUAAAACAAAUUUCUAAACUUCUAAGCACUUCUGCGGGUAACACGUUCGACCUACUAAUAAUGAAACUGUCUAAAAUGUCUCAAGACAAAAAGACAUCAGUGAAAAGUCUCAAAUUUAAAUAUAUAGAUGUUAUAAAACGGUGCGCGGAUUCUGUCCAACUAACAGGCUGGAUACUACUCAAUCCGGAGAUAGCUAGUAAUGUUAUAGAAGAAUUGACUGGAAUACAAGGUAAGAAUACAGAAAACGUGCCAGAUUUUCUUACCAUGCCUGAUGAAGAAAAGAAAGAAUACUUCUUAGACCGUUUAAAAGGUAUGAAUAAGUCUUACAUGGACACUUUGCCUAAAGACGUGCUGUCUGGCGAUGAGUGGCUUGUAAUGCUUUAUAGGUUAGAAAAACUAGAAGGUAAGAUUAAGGAAUCUUUUACUAAAUUAACUUUACCUAAAAGUCCGGCUACACAGGCAAGCGAAGCCGAAAUACUAGCCGCUAAAGGGUUAAGCAAAAUCAUAGGUAAGGCCAACGCUAGGGUAGUGAAGAAACCGGAGCCUAAAAUUAAAAAGGAAGAGAAAAUCGAAUCGAAAGAGACAGAACAAGAUAAGAAAUCUAAAAACGAAGCGCUUCUAGCGAAAUGCGAAGCGAUAUUGACGUCUAAAGGAGAGAAAUCAUUAUUAGACAGUUUUUAUACUAUCAAAUCAUAUAUCACCCAAGGUUUACCCGUACCGGAAUCUUAUAAAAAGCAUGUAAUAUCUAUAUGUUCAAGCAUAGAUGCGAAAUUACUAGACGACGAUAUACAGGAGACUUUGAAACUUGACGAUGAAACUGAAGAUAAAGAUAAGACAAAUCUAUCUGUAAUAGGCUCUCAAAACCCUGAGCUGCUAGCCAAGUACUCGGCUCAAGCUUUAAGAAACGCUAAACAAACGUUAAACGCUGUAGCGUUCAGAAACAUGAUGCGGAACGGGCAGACGAAAUCUGAAUCAGACGCUUGCGAUACCCCGAAAACUGAUUGCAAGUGGACAAACGAUUGUAUAUGUAACUCGUGCAAGGAUAACGACAAUGUGUGUAUAGGGGAGAUUGUGAAACAGUGUUAUGACGAUGGUAAAAACAAGACGGGGCUAGAAGAGAAGAAGAAGGAGGUUAAAGUGGCUAAACCGGCGGUGAAGCCGGCGGCCAAGCCUAAGGUGUGUGAGAACGCAUCGCACCAGCAGCAUGUCUGUAAAGUGGGCCACUCGAACGGCGCGAACGCGUGCGCCGGCGACGGCGCCGCAGAUCAGCCCUGCACGUGCUGUUAUUGCACCGUGUUCGGACAUGCGCCGCCGCUCACGACGCCUGUGCCGCGGAACUUCAACGAGACGAGGGAGCGGUUACGCUCCAUACUCAAUAAGAAGAAACAGAAAUGCAGAACGGCUAACGGUUCGGCGUCGCCAGUGGCAGUAAAGCCGGUGCCAGCUAAGCCGGUAGCAGCCAAGCCGGUAGUAGCCAAGCCGGUAGCGGCCAAGCCGGUGGCACUGCCCGAGGCGCCCAAGCCGGUGCCCGCGCCGCCCACUCCUAAGCCGCCAGCGCUCCCCAAGACGCUGCCCCUGGCGGGCCCGCCGCUCACCGCCGCGCAGACGCACGCGCAGCUCAAGCGCCAAGGCGAGCGCCAGCCCGACAAGAUGGCCGCCGUGCUCGACAAGAUGGCCGACAUGAGCGUCAGCGACGACAAACCUAAAGCAUUACAACGCACGGUGCCAGUUCAAGUGAAUGUGCCGCCCGCCUUGAAGGCCGAGGGAAAAGUCAACCCCAACGCAAUGGAACAGAUUCGAAUACAGCAAUUGAAACAACAACAACAACAGGCCGCGUUCCAGCAGCAACAGCGAGCCGCCCCUCAACCGGCGCCCGCGCAGCAGAAACCGGAGCCGAUCUACGACCUGCCCAUACACAACAAGCCCACGCUCACGCCGCAGCAACAGCAGCAGAUACAGCGGCAGCAGCAGCUGCAGCAACAGCUACAACAGCAGCGUCAGAGCAGGCCGGCCGCGCAGCAGGUGUCUCUCUCUAGCAGGGAUACAAGCGUGUUUUCCACGUCUAGCGGAUGCUCUGGGAUGACGUCGCACAGCGGCGGCGGGUGCUGGCGCGGCGCCGCGCAGGACCCCCGCGACCUGGACGCGCUGCUGCAGUACAUCGAGGGCCCGGCGCGGCACGUGGACCGCGGCAAGAAGCGCGCCAAGAAACAGCGCCAGAGGGGCAAGCGGGUACGCUCUACUUGUAUACGCGGCGGCGGGUGCUGGCGCGGCGCCGCGCAGGACCCCCGCGACCUGGACGCGCUGCUGCAGUACAUCGAGGGCCCGGCGCGGCACGUGGACCGCGGCAAGAAGCGCGCCAAGAAACAGCGCCAGAGGGGCAACGGCGGCGGGUGCUGGCGCGGCGCCGCGCAGGACCCCCGCGACCUGGACGCGCUGCUGCAGUACAUCGAGGGCCCGGCGCGGCACGUGGACCGCGGCAAGAAGCGCGCCAAGAAACAGCGCCAGAGGGGCAACGGCGGCGGGUGCUGGCGCGGCGCCGCGCAGGACCCCCGCGACCUGGACGCGCUGCUGCAGUACAUCGAGGGCCCGGCGCGGCACGUGGACCGCGGCAAGAAGCGCGCCAAGAAACAGCGCCAGAGGGGCAACGGCGGCGGGUGCUGGCGCGGCGCCGCGCAGGACCCCCGCGACCUGGACGCGCUGCUGCAGUACAUCGAGGGCCCGGCGCGGCACGUGGACCGCGGCAAGAAGCGCGCCAAGAAACAGCGCCAGAGGGGCAACGGCGGCGGGUGCUGGCGCGGCGCCGCGCAGGACCCCCGCGACCUGGACGCGCUGCUGCAGUACAUCGAGGGCCCGGCGCGGCACGUGGACCGCGGCAAGAAGCGCGCCAAGAAACAGCGCCAGAGGGCGGCGGCGGGUGCUGGCGCGGCGCCGCGCAGGACCCCCGCGACCUGGACGCGCUGCUGCAGUACAUCGAGGGCCCGGCGCGGCACGUGGACCGCGGCAAGAAGCGCGCCAAGAAACAGCGCCAGAGGGGCAAGCGGGUACGCUCUACUUGUAUACGGUACUAGGAUGACGUGGCACAGCGGCGGCGGGUGCUGGCGCGGCGCCGCGCAGGACCCCCGCGACCUGGACGCGCUGCUGCAGUACAUCGAGGGCCCGGCGCGGCACGUGGACCGCGGCAAGAAGCGCGCCAAGAAACAGCGCCAGAGGGGCAAGCGGAUGGAGGUCCGCCUGCUGGAAGAGCACACGCAGCUGGCCACGCAGCUGAACCGCACGCGGCUCGAGUUGCGAGCGAUGCAGGCGCGACACAUGGCGACCGCGCGCCAGGCAGAGGAGGCGAAGGCGCAACUCAAACAGACGCAGGCCAAGAAGAAAGGGAAGAAACAGAAAAUGAAUCCAGCACAACAAGCCAAAACGCAGUUGAUAGCGGAACAACUAGGGGAACUCAAUACUCUAUUGAAUGCGACAGCUAAGGAGGUAGCGGAGGCCGAGCGGCAAGUGUCAGUAUUCGCGAAGCGUUUCGAAGAGUGCGAGCGACAACUAGCACUAGCUCGCUCCCUCCAGGGCGACGCCCCGCGCCCGCCCCCGCCAGGCCCCGCCCCCGCGCACCGACACAUGGAAGCGGCGAUGCUGCAGCAUCAGCAGCAACAGCAGCAUCAGCAGCAACUGCAGCAACAGUUCGCCGCCGCGCACCUGCUCGUCAGCGACAAGAUGGACAGACAGAAACAGAAGGCGUUUAUCAUGAUGCACGCGCAGUCGCCGCCUGCGCCUGCGCCGGCCUCGCCGCCGCGCAAGCAGACCUGGGAGCAGGCGCUCGCGCACAUCAACCAGCUCGCUAAGGGGUCCACCAAGGAGAAGAAGAAACAGAAAGAAUCUGAAAAGCCAAAACCGGUGGAGGUGAGACAGAGGGAGCAGCAGCGGUCUCACUCGCUCCCGGACAACCAGCCGCUCUCCAAGAAACAGAGAAAACUGCUUGCCAAGCAACAGGCUGAAGAAGAGGAGCGAAAGAGACAGCAGCAGCUCCAGAAGCAAGAAGCGAAGAGUAAAAGGGACAAAGAUAAGAAACCUGACCCGCCCAAACCCGAACCUAAGAAAGCAGAUAAGCGGGACACCAAGAAACAGGAGCCAGUGAAGAAAGAAGAUAAAAAAGAUAAAAAGAAAGAUAAAGGGAAGGAGAUUAAACAGGAGAAGGCUGCACCACAACCGGCACCAACCGCAAAGCAGACGAAACAGAGCAAGAAAGAGAAGAAAGAACAGAGGGCGCAGGUCAUCAACAUCACCGCCGACACCACCAUCGAGGUGGUCAGCAAAAAGGGCUCCUGUGGCGUCGAGCAUGAGACGCCAGCGUCCUGCAGCAUCAUGGAGCAGCUCAGCUGCGGCGUGCAGGUAUCUGAUUUACGGCUACCACCCGGCAUUACGUUAACGAGGGUACAACCUAAUGAUAAGAAGGAACCCGCUCCCAUCAAGUCAGUGCCGCUAUGGAAAGCGCACGCGCUGGGCGCGGCGCCGACGCCGGUGGCGCGGCCGGCGCCCGUCAUCAACGCUGACCCGGCCGCCAUGAUGUUCACCACACAGCAUCCAGAGCAACCAAAAACAAUAAUAAUACCCGAGCCGGCACCCCAACCGGGGCGCUCCAAAAAGGCGAAGAAGAAGGCCAAGAAAGCCGCCGCCGCCGAGGCCGAGCCCAAGCCCGACGGCACCAAGAUGGUCACCCUGCGCAACCCCAUGUUCCACCCCAACAUCCCCAACCCCGUCAAGAAACCAGAGAUAAGGAUCCCAGACCCCAUACCCAUGCCGCCCAACGCUUGCCAGGCAACCAUCACCCCCACAUCCAACGGAAUGUACACCAUAAGAAACCCGUUAAUGUCCAUGAUGCACCAGCAAAGUAUGAUGGGCCAACAAGCCACGCCGAUGUACGGACAACAGUAUAACUAUGUCAACCCGAACACAUAUACACCGGUGCAGACUGUACCUAAUCCACAAGCGUACGUUCUAGAUCCAUCUAUAACACCGAAGCAAGAUGAGUUCCAGAACAGAAUCAUGAACUUAGCAUCAUUUACGCAGAAGAACGACGAAGGUUAUUCCCUGUUUAAAACUAACGAAGACAACCAGCAGAAGAACUUUUUAACACCGGAGUAUUAUCUUGAAAAUCCGAGCCCUAAGCCGGUCGUGUCACCAAAUCCUAUAGGCACUAGACCGAAUAACGACUCCCGAUUCGACUCAAAUGAAUCAUCAUUAUUCACGAAUACAGUCAGACCUGAGCCUAUAGGCACGCCUCUUAAGCAAGAAAACGACUAUGCAGGACUAUAUACCCCAUUUGGUCAGGAAGACCGUAAUGUCUUCAGAAACGCCCUGUUUAAUGAUAAUAAUGUGCCGAGUUACGGUAGUUACGACGAUGUGACCAAUCAGAUGGUGAACGGGGACCCGUUACCCUACUUUCAGAGGUUGAGGGUUGGGUCCAAGUUGAAUAAUGAAGUGACAAUACAUCAUGUUACGGAGUCCAAGUUUUAUAAGGGACAGGACGGGUGCGGCGCCGAGGUGCGCGACGAGUCGCUGUUCUCGCGGCCCGCGUGGCCCAGCGUGUACCCCAGACCCCAGCCCGUGGGCGUGUCGUCGCCCAGCUCGCUGUCGGGCUCGGGCGGCGGCGCGGGCUCGGGCUCGGGCUCCGGGGGCUCGGGCGCGGGCUCGCCGCCAGACGACGACGCGCGCUUCGGGCCCGUGCAGCGCCCCGCACACCCGCACCACCCGCACCCGCACCCGAGGCCCGUCUAA